UCCAACGACAUAGCCAUUACGCUAACUGCUGGUCCCCUGAUCUGGUCUUAAGCUUCCUCCUAUCUCUCACCUCUAUUGGCCUAGUGAACUCCUACUCAUGCUUCAAAGCCCAAGGCUAAUUCCCCUCCUCUGGGAAAUGUUCCUUCCUGCCUGGUGUGCUUUCCCUCACGCAUGUCUUCCCUAGCCCUGGGGCCCUCUUUCCACCAUGGCUCUGUCCUCAAGGCUUUGUCUGGUUCUGUCUGCUGGAGGAUCAGCCCCAGGGCUGAUGGCUCCUGGGGACCCAGCAGAGGGACAAGUCCCUUCCUUUCUCCAGGUUCCCAGCCCUUCCCGGCUUUUCCCUCUCCACUCCAGGCUCUUCUAUCGCUACCAGGACCUGGCUCCCCAGCUCGUCCCCCUCGACUAUACCGGCUGCCCCGAUGUGAAAGUACCCUACGAGCUCAUUGGCAGCAUGCCUGAACUGAAGGACAACCCCUUCCGCCAGAGGAUCGCCCAGGUCUUCUCCGAGGAUGGGGACGGCCACAUGACCUUGGACAACUUCCUGGACAUGUUUUCCGUGAUGAGCGAAAUGGCACCCCGAGACCUUAAGGCCUACUAUGCUUUUAAAAUUUAUGACUUCAACAAUGACGACUACAUCUGCGCGUGGGACCUGGAGCAGACGGUGACUAAGCUGACGCGGGGGGAGCUGAGCGCCGAGGAGGUGAGCCUGGUGUGUGAGAAGGUGCUGGAUGAAGCCGACGGGGACCACGACGGGCGACUGUCCCUGGAAGACUUCCAGAACAUGAUCCUGCGGGCACCCGACUUCCUCAGCACCUUCCACAUCCGCAUCUGAGGGCACCCUGGAGGAGGAGCUGGGCCAGAGGAGGGUGGGGUGACCCCUCACCCGCCCUA